CUCUCUCUUUCUCUCUAUUCACCAAGUUUUUAAUAUUGAAGGGAAUAAGGCAUAAGAGAAAUAUGAAGGGGAGUCUAUACAAUAGAUUGAAGAACAACAACAGAGAGGAUGGCCUGCAAAUUAGUAGAAAUGAGAAGGCCAAGAGAUUAUUGAUCACAAUAAGUGUUGUAGGAAGCACAGGGCCAUUGAGAUUUAUAGCGAACGAAGACGAUCUCGUGUGUGAAGUCAUCCACGCCGCUCUCAAAUCUUAUGCUCGCCAAGCCCGACUUCCUCUUCUUGGCUUCGAUGCUACCAACUUUCUUCUAUACUGCAAUAACGUCGAGAAGGCAGAUGGCUGUUUGAACCCAAUGGAACAAAUUGGACCAAAGCAGGCAAGAAACUUUGUGUUGUGCAAAAAGCAAGGCACACCAUUGCCAUUGCAUGAUCAAAAGAUGAAAAAGCUUAUGGCAAUAAAGGAAAGCCAUGGAUGGAAGGCUUGGAUUAACAAGUCCUUAAGUUUUAAGAUACCAUCCCAUUGAGAUGUCUUAAUACAUUCGAAAUCGAUUCGUGGC